AUGGAUGGUGGAGGGAGGGGAAUGGCCCCGGGUAGGUUUGGAGGAGGGAUCAAGCUGUUGGAAGCUGGAGGGUGGUCUUUUAGGAAGAGUGACUAUGAAGAAGGGCCAGCUAGCACUAGCAAGUACCAGUACUGGGAAGAAGAGGUCAAGGUGAAGGUGAAGGUGAAAGUGAAGGUGCGCGGGAUGCGGCGGAUGGGGAGAUCGACAAGUGCGGCCUCGGCUGAUGAGAGCUUCGCUGGGGGAGCUCCACAGCUUCACGACUGCUCAAAUAGUGGGAGGUAA